AUGGCCACCACCGUACCGAUUCACAGCGGAGACAAAGGUGUCAGAAACAUACCUUCAUGUUCAUCUUUGAGCUCAGAACAGACACUGGUGGACGACUCUACGGUAUCCCCACAUAAGCAAAUCGCCGGGAAUGAAGAAAGCUUGCAGGACAAAGCAAUAUGUUGGCGACCUAAGAAGCUCUUGGAUCAAAGACACAGGCCGCAUUCACUUUUCUUCAAAUAUUGUCUCUUCAACGAGGAAUAUGCCCAAUUGAAUGGAUUGGAACCGCCUUCCCAACGACACGGUUUACCAGACUCAAAGUUCAGGGAGCUCAGUCGGUCUCAGAUUUUGGAAGAGGCCCCCAGGACAAUUGCAAGGAAGCUCUCCGAAAGCAGCUUGGAAGAGUUCAGGAAGGUUCCCUAUAACGAGUUUAUACGGGGAGCCUUUCUUGAAGCUUUUGGCAUUUCAUCGGACUUCAUUGACUCCUUCUUUUUCAAAUACAAACACCUAGAGGCGAGAAUGUAUUCCAUCUUUAUCGGAGCACCAGUCAAACGGUUAUCUGAUAUCUUGAAAGAACUCAAAGAACACGAGGCUGACCCUUUCGUGUACGCCGCAAUUGAACACGCCUUGGAAAGAGUGAACUCACGAAGAAAAGGACGGGUCGGCUUAAGAUACGUCAAGUCACAAGAUCUUACGCAAAGUCUUGAUACGCAACUAAGGAAAUCACUCCAUCUUAUCGCAAAGCCCUUCACAGAGCUCCUGUCCAAGCCCGACACCGCCCAAAAUAUUCUGGAAGAGCUCGAGGUUUUGCGGACUCGCUUCUAUAACUUCUACAUGUCUCUCAAUGUCGACUGGAGUUGCCCACUGGAUACCAAAAACGACCUGUUAGAGCAAAUUCGAUGGGUGGAUAUCCCCACUAUGGCCAGAGCUAUCUCCAAAAAGGCCAAAGCUUUAUUUUCCGAGUACCUUCGGUCUGCUUUUACAAGAGAGGGUGACGAGGCGCGGUCUAUCCUGAACAAGGAAUGGGACCUUCUUAGCAAAGGAGUGAAGGAGAUUGUGGCUGCGAACAUCGGUCUCUGUUCUCAGGUUGACACCCUUGCGAACUGUUUAUACCGUUUUCGCAAUUAUUAUUCCCUGACAGCUGUCAUCCAGGGUAUCCAAGCAAGUGGCUACAGGACUGUGGCCCUAGAAACUUUCGGCUACCUUCUCAAUCCAAAGGACGAUUACAGACAUUACCUAAUGGAAAUGAACAUGGAGGGCGCACUGCAUUUCCUCUUCCCUGUCCUACUUCAAUAUCAACGAGGCGAGCCAAUGUUCACAGAGAUGGCCAUUGGUGCAUUCAAAUUCUACACCUUGGACGCUUAUCAGUCAACACCUGGAAUGCAAUUCAGCCCAUUGGAUAUUGCAACAGCUGCUACGAAGGCUACCUGCUCCACGGGUUACAAGAAGCCAUCACUUGAUUGUCCUUUUGUCAGUUGCUUCUUUGUUGGCUUCGGGUCUUAG